UUAAUAAGCCAAUUAAUUAACUAUCAAUUUCUGCAAAUUAAUAAAGUACAGUCUGCUAUUUCUUCAAUGGGUAACAAGGAAAGCAGCCACCGCCGCCAUGCCCGUGACGAUGGAGACCGGGAAAGGCAACCUCUACUUGGGGGCGCUCCAGAUGAUCGGCGGCCUCUACCUUGCUGCGGUUGUGGCACUGGCUGGUGCAUGUUCAUUAGUGGUUUCUUUCUUGUUGCUGUCCCAUGGUAUAUUGCUGCCUUCAUUCUGAUCUGUGGCAAAGUUGGUCGUCGUGAGAAACCAGGAUACAUCGCCUCCACAAUUGCUGCUGUUGGUGCCACAGGUGCACUUAUUUAUGGUCUAUACCGUCUCCUUCCUCAUCUUAUUCCAUUGAUCAUGGCUUUGUUUGGAAUCUAGUCUAUCACCAGAACAAAAUGAGCCAUUGCAUGUGCGUCUAUCGUAGAGACCAAUUUAUGUAUGUAUAGUAUGUUUUACAACAGACACAGAUUGAUCAUAAAAUCUGAGUCUAUUGUAAAAAAAGACGCAAAUCGUAGCACUUUCUGCGUCUGUUCCUACGCAGAUUGUUACUUGGCUCGAUCUUCUAUAAUGUACCAUCAAUAUGUGAGUGUACGUUUUAUCCUAAGUGGUGAAUAAUUUGUGCUUCACGCACACAGCUUCAAUCAUGUAAUAUGUUAUAUUUAUUGUUAAUAUAGUCAUAUAUGUUAUGUUUGUCUUCAA